AUGGAAGAGUUGUCCUCAUACAGCGAGCAGUUCAAUCAAGCUAGGCCACUGUUGUCGAUAUGGUGUGACCAUCUUGUCAAAGUGGAAAUGGAGCUGCGUAAGCUUGCACAGAAGUUUGAUGACUGGGAUGUGGAAACCAAAAGUGCUGCAAUUGAUCCUACAGCUGCGAACGUCGCUGAUUCUGCAAAUGGUCUAAGCUGCGUGAUUGAGUCAUCCUGCAGUGGUUCAAUUCAGGAUCUCAUAAGCAACACUAUAGAACUCUUGGAACAAGAUACGAUGUUGACGGAGAACCUAACCGAAAUCAUCGAAUUGCUAAAAGAAAAGCAAGCACUAGUACAGGAAACAUUCUACGAGUUCGACGAUAAUCAUGAUAUCGUUUUGCCACAUGACAACGCUUCGACUAAGGCUCUUCGCUAUACUGUACGAUUACCGGCUAUGGAAGAGUUGUCCUCAUACGCCGAGCAGUUUAAUCAAGCUAGGCCACUGUUGACACAAUGGUGUGACCAUCUUGUCAAAGUGGAAGUGGAGCUGCGUAAGCUUGCACAGAAGUUUGAUGACUGGGAUGUGGAAACCAAAAGUGUUACAUCUGAUCCUGCAGCUGCGAACGUCGCUGAUUCUGCAAAUGGUCUAAGCUGCGUGAUUGAGUCAUCCUGCAGUGGUUCAAUUCAGGAUCUCAUAAGCAACACUAUAGAACUCUUUGAACAAGAUACGAUUUUGACGGAGAACCUAACCGAAAUCAUCGAAUUGCUAAAAGAAAAGCAAGCACUAGUACAAGAAAAAUUCUACGAGUUCGACGAUAAUCAUGAUAUCCUCUUGCCACAUGACAACGCUUCGAUUGCUGUUGCACGGCUUUUCAAUCUUUCCAACCAAAGUGCUUCGCUUGGCGUUCUUGAAAUAACUGUGUACACGAAAUUCUCAUUUCACUUAACGGAAGUUAUCAAAAAUAUCACGAAUCUCGCUUUCGAAGGUUCUCAGUCUCUCGCACUAGUGGCAUUGCAGCUUCACAGUAUAGCGGAUAUGGUGGGAAAAUGGCGGUUCGUGCGUUGUGAGAUAGUGGAAUUAGUGGGACGGUGUAUCCAAAUUGGUACUUGCUUAAGCAUUAUUCACUUAUCCGCCACUUACUGAUUUUUUCUUGAAUGGUACAGCCGAAUACCAUAUUGUGCCAUAUACUCCUGACUUACUCUGCUAUCUUGGACAUAAUUCCCGAGAAGCCAUCACUCGCAUUUAUUGCUUGUUGUUGCACAAAUUCGCCACAUUGUCAUGGAUAUUGUUGAAUGAAGAGUUGCGAUUUUGAA